AUGAUGUGUAGCCGUUUCUGGCUCAGGUGUUUUGUCUGGUUCAGGGGCUCGGCACUUCGAGGUCACAGGGUCCGGCCUCACACUUUCCUCUUCUCGUUGGCCAGUCAGCAGAAGCGCUUCGCAACCAUGGGGAUGGCAUUCACUAAGCUCUUUUCCAAGCUGGUCGGCAAGCAGGAAAUGCGCAUCCUGAUGGUGGGCCUCGAUGCUGCUGGCAAGACCACCAUCCUGUACAGCCUGAAACUCGGCGAGGUUGUCACGACGAUCCCGACCAUCGGUUUCAACGUGGAGACUGUCGAGUACAAGAACAUCAGCUUCACCGUGUGGGAUAUCGGUGGCCAGGACAUCAUCCGCCCGCUCUGGCGCCACUAUAUUCGUAGCUAUCAAGGCACGCAAGGCCUCAUCUUCGUAGUGGACAGCAACGACCGCGACCGCGCGGAGGACGCCCGCGAAGAGCUCACGAAGAUUUUGAACGAGGACCAGUUGCGUGAUGCCGUGCUGCUCGUCUUCGCGAACAAGCAGGACCUCCCGAACGCGAUGCCGGCGGCAGAGGUCACCGAGAAGCUCGGCCUGCACAACAUGCGCAACCGCCAGUGGUUCAUCCAGUCGACCUGCGCCUCGACCGGCGACGGCCUCUACGAGGGGCUGGACUGGAUGUCGCGGGCGCUAUCCUCCAAGAAGUGA